GAAGAGGCAGAAGUGGAUGUGAGAGACAGACACACACAGAGACACAGAGAGCGAAAGAGGGCAAGAGACUUGACUUUAAGAGACUCCUGCACUGACAACUCCAUGCAGUUCGGAACAAGAACGGCAGCGACCGACUCUGGUUUCAUGGGGACAUGGCAGAACACUGACACUAACCUCUUAUUCAGAAUGUCCCAACAGGCCAUCCGCUGUACACUGGUAAAUUGCACAUGUGAAUGUUUUCAGCCAGGGAAGAUUAACCUGAGAACCUGCGAUCAGUGUAAACAUGGCUGGGUGGCACAUGCCUUGGACAAACUUAGUACUCAGCACCUCUACCACCCAACCCAAGUGGAGAUUGUGCAGUCCAAUGUUGUGUUUGACAUCAGCAGCCUGAUGCUCUACGGUACUCAGGCUGUGCCUGUGAGGCUGAAGAUACUGCUUGACCGACUCUUCAGUGUACUGAAGCAAGAGGAGGUGUUGCAUAUUCUACAUGGCUUAGGCUGGACACUGCGAGACUACGUUCGAGGCUACAUUCUUCAGGAUGCUGCAGGCAAGGUGCUGGACCGCUGGGCCAUCAUGUCCAGGGAAGAAGAGAUCAUUACCCUUCAGCAGUUCCUGAGAUUUGGAGAAACGAAAUCUAUCGUGGAGCUGAUGGCAAUUCAAGAAAAAGAAGGGCAGGCUGUGGCUGUGCCAUCUUCAAAGACAGAUUCAGAUAUAAGGACUUUUAUUGAAAGCAAUAAUCGCACCAGGAGCCCAAGUCUCCUUGCUCACCUGGAGAAUAGCAACCCUUCCAGCAUUCAUCAUUUUGAAAACAUCCCGAACAGCCUUGCAUUCCUGCUUCCAUUCCAGUACAUAAAUCCAGUCUCUGCUCCGCUUCUGGGGCUGCCUCCAAAUGGCCUCCUGCUGGAACAGCCAGCAAUGAGGCUCCGUGAACCAAGCCUUACAACCCAAAAUGAAUAUAAUGAGAGCAGUGAAUCUGAAGUUUCCCCUACACCUUUCAAGAAUGAGCAAGCAUCCAGCAGGAAUGCUUUGACCAGCAUCACAAAUGUGGAGCCCAAAACUGAGCCAGCCUGUGUCUCUCCUGUUCAAACACCUACACCAGUUAAUGAUUUAUCGAAAACGGAGCACACAAAAAGCUCAUUCCGAAUUCACAGAAUGAGGAGAAUGGGGUCAGCCUCCAGGAAAGGAAGAGUGUUUUGCAAUGCAUGUGGCAAAACUUUCUACGACAAAGGUACUCUUAAAAUCCACUACAAUGCUGUGCACCUGAAAAUCAAGCAUCGAUGCACUAUUGAAGGCUGCAAUAUGGUCUUCAGCUCUCUCAGAAGCCGCAAUCGCCACAGUGCUAACCCAAAUCCCCGCCUCCACAUGCCCAUGCUAAGGAAUAACCGUGACAAAGAUCUAAUUCGUGCUACAUCAGGUGCUGCCACUCCUGUCAUAGCAAGUACAAAGUCCAACCUAACUUUAACAAGCCCUGGGCGUCCACCGAUGGGGUUUACCACUCCCCCUCUAGACCCAGUACUACAGAACCCUCUUCCCAGUCAGCUGGUCUUCCCAGCUUUAAAGACUGUCCAACCUGUUCCUCCGUUUUACAGAAAUUUACUUACUCCUGGAGAGAUGGUGAGUCCUCCAACCUCACUCCCGACCAGUCCCAUAAUACCAGCUGUGAGUGGCAUGGAGCAGCAUCCCCCUCCUCCUUCAGAGUCAUCGGUACCUUCAGUGUUGGUGCCCACCCCAGAGCCCAAUGCAGAUCUUGCCCCCAAGAAGAAGCCAAGGAAGUCAAGCAUGCCAGUAAAAAUUGAAAAGGAAGUUAUUGACACUGCUGAUGAGUUUGAUGAUGAAGACGAAGAGGUGAAUGACAGGAGCGCAAUGGUAAAUGACAUUGGUCAUGACAAUCACUGCCAUUCUCAGGAGGAAAUGAGCCCAGGCCUGUCUGUUAAAGACUUUUCCAAAAGUGAUAGAGGCAGAUGUAUGUCCAGACCAGACAUAAGAAGGGCAGACAGCAUGACAUCAGAAGACCAGGAGCAUGAGAGAGACUAUGAAAAUGAGUCAGAGUCAUCAGAGCCCAAAUUGUGUGAAGAAUCCCUGGAAAGCGAUGAUCGCCUCCAUGAGCCUGGUGAAAAAUCUAUGAUGCACAGUGACCGACCUGAUGAAAACCACAAUGACUCUUCCAACCAGGAUGUCAUUAAGGUGAAGGAAGAGUAUACAGACCCUACAUAUGAUAUGUUCUAUAUGAGCCAAUAUGGACUGUACAAUGGAGGCAGUGCCAGUAUGGCUGCUCUUCAUGAAAGUUUUGCUUCUACAUUCAACUACAGCAGCCCUCAGAAGUUCUCACCAGAAGGUGAAAUGUGCUCCAGUCCAGACCCCAAGAUCUGCUAUGUUUGCAAGAAAAGUUUCAAGAGUUCCUACAGUGUGAAGCUUCACUACCGAAAUGUUCAUUUAAAAGAGAUGCAUGUCUGCACAGUGGCUGGCUGUAACGCCGCGUUCCCAUCACGGAGAAGCAGAGACAGACACAGUGCUAACAUAAACCUGCACCGUAAACUGUUGACCAAAGAACUGGAUGACAUGGGCUUGGACACUUCACAGCCUUCCCUUAGUAAGGACCUCCGCGAUGAAUUUUUGGUGAAGAUAUAUGGCGCUCAGCAUCAGAUGGGGCUUGACAUAAGGGAAGACACCUCCUCGCCUGCUGGCACUGAGGAUUCCCAUAUGAAUGGGUACGGCAGGGGCAUGGCAGAAGACUAUAUGGUACUAGACCUGAGCACCACCUCCAGCAUCCAGUCCAGCAGCAGUAUCCAUUCCUCAAGAGAAUCCGAUGCAGGAAGCGAUGAGGGUAUUCUCCUGGACGACGUCGAUGGGGCAAGUGACAGCGGGGAAUCUGCCCACAAAGCAGAUGCCCCUGCCUUAGCUGUAGGUAUGGGCACCGAUGUCCCAGGAUCCCUCAUGUUCAACAGUGUUUCGGUGAGCAACGGUGGGAUAAUGUGUAACAUUUGCCACAAAAUGUACAGCAACAAGGGAACCCUCAGAGUGCACUACAAAACAGUGCACUUGCGAGAAAUGCACAAGUGCAAAGUCCCUGGGUGCAACAUGAUGUUCUCCUCUGUCCGUAGCCGAAACCGGCACAGCCAGAACCCCAACCUGCAUAAAAACAUUCCUUUCACUUCGGUAGAUUAG